UACGAUUUGUCGGCUUCACAGUUUUCUCCUGACGGCCGAGUGUACCAAAUCGAAUAUGCUGGGAAAGCGGUGGAAAUGAGUGGCACAGUAAUUGGUAUGCGAGGUAAGGAUGGCAUUGUUCUAGCGGUGGAGAAAAUCGUCACCAGUGCAUUGUAUGAAGAUGAUGCUGCUACCAGGAUUUUUACAAUUGAUAAAAACAUUGGUAUUGCUAUUGCUGGUCUUUUGGCGGAUGGACGCUAUAUUAUAGAUAUUGCUCGCCAAGAAGCUGCCAAUUUCCGUCAACAAUUCGAACGAACUAUACCAUUAAAACAGUUAACAGAACGCGUAUCGGCCUAUGUACACGCUUACACCCUAUACAGCGCCGUGCGGCCCUUUGGAGUAUCUGUCAUACUGGCCUCUUGGGAUGAGGAACAGGGGCCACAAUUGUACAAAAUCGAUCCAUCGGGCACAUCAUUUGGGUAUUUUGCUUGUGCAAGCGGAAAAGCAGAGCAACAGGCUAAAACAGAAAUGGAGAAACUAAAAUUCGCUGAAAUGAGCGUGGACGACUUGGUGCAGAAUGCUGGUAGAAUAAUUUACCAAGUGCAUGAUGAACUGAGAAACAAAGACUUCCAUUUCGAAAUGAGUUUGGUCAGUAAAGAAACGAAAGGUCUACAUCGUUUGAACCCUCAACCAUGGUACGAUCAAGCGGUCCAAGCGGGUCUAGCAGCCAAGAAUGAAGAUGAUAGUGAUAAUGAGAUAUAAAACGUAUGCUGUGUACACAAUUAAUUAAUGUAUUUGAUUUUCCUAAAAACUUAAGUAUGGUUUGACCUAUUAAAUAAAAGUCAUCAAUAAACCUGAACAUGAGUAUUUGUAUGUAUGUACAUACAUAAGUUUA